CCAUAUGCAGAGGCUACUAGACUUGGGCAUCUUAAUAAGAUGUCAAUCAGCAUGGAACACCCCUCUCCUGCCGGUAAAGAAACCAGGAACAAAUGAUUAUCGGCCGGUGCAGGAUCUACGAGAGGUAAACAAACGGGUGGCAGACCUCCACCCCACAGUUCCAAACCCUUACAACCUCCUGAGCACUCUUCCACCUCAACAUACGUGGUAUACUGUUUUGGACCUUAAAGAUGCUUUUUUCUGUUUAAGACUCUCUCCCCUGAGCCAACCCUACUUUGCCUUCGAAUGGAAAGAUCCAACAUCGGGAAUGUCUGGUCAGCUGACAUGGACACGGCUACCUCAGGGAUUUAAGAACUCCCCGACCAUCUUUGAUGAAGCCCUCCAUCAGGAUUUGGCAUUAUAUAGAGAAUCAAAUCCCCAGGUAACAUUACUCCAAUACGUUGAUGAUAUUUCAUUAGCUGCUGAGACCCAAGAAGAUUGUAUCAAGGGUACUGAAAAACUGUUAACGGAACUUGGAACCCUGGGAUAUAGAGCCUCAGCCAAGAAAGCACAAAUAUGCCAACAACAGAUCGCAUCAAGUUUGCUCCAGCCACAGGACUCAAUCCAGCCACCUUGCUACCUGAUCCUGACUUGGAAGGCUCCACCAUCAUACAUGAUUGUCAGGAAAUACUGGCCGCAGCACACGGCAGUAGGCCAGAUCUGAUGGACCUGCCCCUCCCUGAUGCUGAUUUCACCUGGUUCACGGAUGGGAGCAGUUUCCUGGAGGAAGGUAAGCGUCGAACUGGGGCAGCCGUGGUAGACGGAAAACAAGUCAUAUGGGCAGCGGCGCUACCACAAGGGACCUCAGCCCAACGAGCUGAAUUAAUUGCCCUGACGAGGGCAUUAGAGAUGGCAGAGAAUAAAAAAGUAAACAUCUACACAGACAGUAGAUAUGCGUUUGCUACCGCUCAUAUCCACGGUGCCAUUUACCAACAGAGAGGGCUACUAACUUCAGGUGGCAAAGAAAUUAAAAACAAAGACGAAAUCGUGGCUUUGUUGACUGCACUCAUGCUUCCUACUAAAGUCAGUAUCAUCCACUGCCCUGGACAUCAAAAAGGAAAUACCCCAAUAAUUAGGGGAAAUAAUAUGGCUGACCAAGUGGCCCGAGAAAUAGCAUCGGGAGAAGUCAUUUUAGGACUGUCAGAUAAAGUUCCUGAAAAACCAGGCCGCGAUGAAGAAAUCAUCCCGGCCACAACAAAAGGAACUUUGUCCCCUCAGCAAGCAGAAUCCAUGUUACAACAGAUGCACAGAUGGACACAUUUGGGGACUAAAAAGAUGGUAGCCUUGUUACAAAAAGCCGGGUACGAAACCCCUGAAAUGACAAAAUUAGCUGAACAAAUUGUGCAGGAAUGCGUCCCAUGUCAACAGGUAAAUGCUCACAAAGGGAAACUUGAAACUGGAAAGAGACUCAGGGGGGACCGCCCAGGAACUUACUGGGAGGUGGACUUUACCGAAGUGCGUCCUGGAAGGUACGGUAAUAAAUACCUUUUAGUUUUUGUAGACACUUUUUCAGGAUGGAUAGAGGCUUUCCCAACAAAGAAAGAAACAGCUGCUGUAGUAGCCAAGAAGAUUUUAGAAGAAGUUUUUCCUCGAUUUGGAGCACCAAAGGUAAUAGGGUCUGAUAAUGGUCCAGCCUUCGUCGCCCAGGUAAGUCAGGAUGUGGCCAGAUAUUUGGGGACUGAUUGGAAAUUACAUUGUGCCUAUAGACCCCAAAGUUCAGGUCAGGUAAAAAAGAAUGAAUAGGACUCUAAAAGAGACCCUAACCAAAUUGUCCUUGGAGACUGGCGGUACCGAUUGGACGGUGCUCCUUCCUUUGGCCCUAUUCCGGGUUAGAAAUACACCUUCCCGAUACCAUCUUACUCCUUUUGAAAUAUUAUAUGGUGCCCCACCUCCCCUCCUCACUUUAGGAAAAGAAAUAAAACCUGAUUGUCAAAAUAACACUGACUUAUAUGCUAGGCUACUAGGACUCCAAUUGGUCCAGAAAAAAAUAUGGUCCCAACUCGCCGAGGCCUACCAACCGGGAACACCGGGAGAAACUCAUCCUUUCCAAGUCGGAGACUCCGUAUACGUCCGUCGGCAUCGAACCCAGACGUUGGAACCUCGAUGGAAAGGACCAUACACCGUCCUCCUCACCACCCCAACGGCCAUAAAAGUGGACGGCAUCGCUGCCUGGAUCCAUGCUUCACAUGUGAAGGCUGCACCAGCGACGGCAUCAUCAGGAUGGCGGGCCCAAAGAACCGACAACCCGCUCAAACUCAAGCUUCUACGAACCUAAGACUUAUAAUUUUGGUUUUACUGCCUUUACUGACUGUAAGUGAUUUUAACCCUCACCUCCCCCAACGUUUAACUUGGCAGGUAAUUUCUCAGACUGGAGAUGUAACCUGGUCCAUUAGUCAUACUGCACCCCCCUGGACCUGGUGGCCAGAUCUUUUUUCCUGAUGUUUGUAAAUUGGCUAUAGGAACACCUUAUUAGGAUACAGAAGAUUCUCAUGAUAUGAACACUGCCCCUUCCAAAGUUUCGGAAACUGAUUAGUUUGGGCCGGGUUGCAAAAAUGCAGGCAAAAGAAUGAUGCUUGGUAUCCUCACUUUCUACGUAUGAUCCGGGUUCCACCGCCCUCGAUCUCUGAAUUAUAAAUGUGGUGGAACUGAAAACUUUUAUUGCAAAAGCUGGGGAUGUGAAACUACCGGGGAUACUAAUUGGAAACCCACCUCAACUUGGGAUUUUAUUACUGUAACGGCUAAUUAUUCUCAUAAUGAGGAUACCGGACACCGGAGUAAAUGUUCAGGAUGGUGUCAUCCCCUUAAAAUUUCCUUUAGUAAUCCCGGAAAAAGAGAUAAAAAAUGGGUAAAUGGCCACUCAUGGGGCAUUAGAUUUUACAAGAAUGGAUAUGAUUUGGGAAUAUUAAUGACUCUUAAGCUAAACAUUGAGACUCCUGCUCCUAUAUCAAUAGGCCCAAAUCCCGUACUUGGCCCCCCUUUGCUUCCCCCGGCCCCUUCAACUACGUCAACAAAGAAUGAGACUAAUGAAACCUCUGGAUCCAAAGAACCCACAGUUAAGCCUGGGACUCCUCAGGAUAGGAUGCUUUCUUUGGUGCAGGCAGCCUUUAAGGUCCUUAAUGCUACAAACCCGGAGGCUACAAAAUCAUGUUGGCUCUGUUAUGCUGCCCCUCCCCCUUAUUAUGAUGCUAUAGGAUAUAGUUCUAAUUAUAUUAAUGUCAGCUCCCCGGACCAUUGUCAAUGGAAACAGAAAGGGAACAGUAAAUUAACUCUGUCUUCGGUUUCUGGAAAUGGUACUUGUAUAGGAACACCUCCCCAGUCCCAUCGACACCUUUGUCAUGAUUUCAGCCUCCCUUCAGGCUCGGGAUAUCUUGUACCUCCCCAAGAUGGAUGGUGGGCAUGUAACACGGGGCUAACCCCUUGUGUCUCUCUAGAGGUUCUCAACAAUUCAGCUGAUUUUUGUGUGCUAGUGCAAUUAGUUCCUAGACUUAUCUAUCAUUCAGAUUCGUCCUUCUUAGAUGAAUACGAGGGAAAAACAAGAAGGAAGAGAGAACCUGUAAUCCUCACAUUGGCUGUCCUUCUAGGACUAAGAAUAUCUGCCGGGAUAGGAACAGGAACCACAGCCGUCAUACAACAACCCCAGUAUUAUGCAAGUUUAAGACAGGCUGUAGACAUCGACCUUCGAGCAUUAGAAAGUUCCAUAACUCAACUAAAGGAAUCACUCACCUCACUUUCAGAAAUGGUGUUGCAGAAUAGAAGAGGCCUAGAUUUGCUGUUUCUUAAAGAAGGGGGAUUAUGCGCCGCUCUAAAAGAAGAAUGUUGCUUUUAUAUUGAUCAUUCAGGAACCAUUACCAAAACCAUGGAUAAACUCGGGGAACGCUUAGAUAAAAGGCAAAGGGAGAGAGAAAACGAAAAAGGAUGGUUUCAAUCAUGGUUUGAUAAAUCCCCCUGGUUUACCACCUUAAUCUCUACUCUGUUGGGACCUCUUAUUGUUUUAUUGUUGAUUUUAACUUUUGGACCAUGUGUUCUAAAUCGCUUGAUAGCAUUUAUUAGAGAACGUAUCAGUACUGUACAAGUUCUAAUGUUAAGACAACAGUACCAAAGUUUACGAACAGAAGGUUGAGAUUCCAUGAUUGGAAUCAAUAGUCACAAGAAAAAGGGGGGAAUGUGGGACUCGAGGGACAUUGUUCCAGCUAAUGAUUAAGAACUCUCCAGACAAUAGGGGCUUCUUAGACAA